UGUGUGUGAUGUGUGUGUGUUUUGGUGCGCUGUCUUCGACCCCUGCAGCGUUGUGAAAUGACCCUGCCUUUCAGGCUGAAGUUCGGUCAGCGUAAUCUAUGGCCAAAGGUAAACUUUCUGGCAAAGUUAGGUUAAGUGAUGUCAGUGUUUUGAGAUGCAAGGGGACUUGAGAAGAAACACUUCCUGUCUUGGAAAAAAAAAACCCAACAAACCCACAACUUGUUCAUCGUCUGUAGAGCUUUCUGUCACUGUUACUAGUUGCCUCAACUGCAUUUAAAAAAUAAUGCCAGUGGGAACACAUGGCAUGCAGAUGUCUCAUCGUGGUUUACACUUAUGGCCGAGGAAGGUCGCAUCAUAUAUAUGCCUUCCCCAUCAAAUGGUGCUCAGAGUUGAGGCCAUAGCAGUUUCUUUCCCAGAACUGCGCUGUUGACAGCUGGGGAGGUUGCUCACUGGUUAUCUGUGCCGCCAGCAGUGCCUGGGUACUACCAGGCUGUGGUACUCAGGGCAUUGAGAUUGGGUCUCCUCCGUGAUGGAGGUUCCUCGCUCCUUUGCUGGUUUGUAGUGUAAAGAUUUUGCAGCUUCUCAUGUGAAGGGAAGGGAGUUGUCAAAGAUGUCCUGUUACCUUCUCCUGGACAGGGUAUCUGUAGCGACCCGCAGUGGAAGAUUAAGGGAACAUAUAAAUAAGCUGAAUUUGAGUGAUUGGGGGUUUUCUUCCCUUUUAAAUAAUACCUGUAGGAAAGAAAUCAAUGUAAUUUGAGGAAUUUCAGUGAUAAGAGAGCACCAUCAGAAGAAAAUCAGGGUUGCAUAUGCCAGGUCAAGAAGUUCUGAUUUUAAAAUUGCCGAUGCAGCCUUAAUUUUAUCUUCAGACUACUGUUUACUUUAGGAAACAGUAAAUGACAUUACAAUUAAAGAUUUUCUAAGAGUAUUAGGUUAUACCUUUUCCCCUGUGGAUGCAGAACCUGUAAGCACUGUGUCCUAUCUUGUAUACGACAAAUCCCAUCCCUGACAGUUGCGUAUGGAAGACUCGAUGCAACAAACACUCAUGGAAAAUUAAGCAGAUAGGUCCCUGUUGCCAUUUACUGUAGAUCUCUUUAUAUUGCUCUAUGAAGUAUUUAGCUAUAAUUUACUCCCAUUUUAAGGUAAGAGGCCCGUUAUGCUGGUGUAAUAAAACUCUUUAAUUGGAUGGCAUGCUUACCUGCUUGCAUAGUUGAUCUAAACUGCCUUGAUAGGCCUGCGUUAUGAUAUAUUUAACCGUCAUGAAUAUGAACUUUUUCCAUCCGUAGCCCCACUGAAAUUAAUUAGAUUGUCUACAGAGUACUACUUGAGGGAACUAAAGAUAGCAAAAUCUUUUUCCAUAGUUCUGUUUAACCAGGAACACGUAUGCUGAAAGUUGGAGAGAAGUUAGGUAACACUACAGAAUUUACACUGCUGAUGGAUGACUUGUACCACACCAUUCCUGUGUUUCCUCUUCCUUCUUUGUGGUGGAUUCCGUUUUACCUUGUUUCGGUUAGUUUUCAUGAUACCGGUUUUGAUUUUGUUUUUAUGGUGGCAUUGUGUUAGGUAUAGUUCUCCUGGAAUUUGACAGAGCCUUGGUGGUGGAGGGCUAUUUAAAAACAUGAAAGCUCCUGGUGGCUCUAUUAUUGCCUUAAAAGCUUGUCCCCAAGGCAAUGCAUGCUGCUCUUUUUUUUUUUCCUUUUCUUUUUUUCCUUACCUUUAGUUACUAGUAAUAACUGAACUGCCUCCAGUGUUGUAUUAUUUGAAAGUCUAGUUUUAGAGGUAAACAUUUCAGAAAUGCUUGUGUUACUUAAGCACUUUAGUCCCAGUGAUUUUCUUUUUUUCUUUAUUUUAAAAUUGUUUUUUAUUUUUCCUGAUAGAACAUAGACCUCUCUGGGGCCAGACUUUCAAAGGUAAUACAGUACCUAAAAAUGCAGGCAUCAGCUGGGAUUUUCCGGAGCUUGAAUGUAGCAAGAUCUGAAGAAGACUCCUCAUCCUUCAGAAGUAGCAUGCUCACAGUCUUCCUGGCCAAUGAUUCUUCUACAGCAAGCAGGUCUUCUUCCUCAUCCUGAGAAGCCUUCAUCUCUUCCUAUGUCAGUGGCUACAAGGCCAAGAGCCAGCUCACCACUCUCCCCACCAAAAUCUCUCGGACUGGGGCCUUCCUUUCAUCACACACAAGAAGAAGAGCUUGCAAAGGUGGUGGAGCAGGACCCUAUGCUGGAAGAACUAUGUAAGCCUCUGUGCUGUAAGCUUUGCAAUGUCACUCUGAACUCAGCACAACAAGCCCAGGCUCAUUACCAGGGUAAAAACCACAGUAAGAAACUCCGAAAUUACUAUGCUGCCAAUAGCUGUCCGGCACCUGCCAGAAUGAGUAAUUCGGUUGAGCCUGCCCCGCCUCAGGUUGUCUCCCUUCCAGCUCAGAUGGGAUCCAGUAAACCAGGUGGCCGAGUGAUCUUGGCCACAGAGAAUGAUUACUGCAAGCUUUGUGAUGCCUCGUUUAGUUCUCCGGCUGUGGCACAGGCUCACUACCAAGGGAAAAAUCAUGCCAAACGGCUGCGUCUUGCAGAAGCACAGAAUAACUCAUUCUCGGAUGCAUCAGAACUAGGCAAACGAAGGGCGAGGAAAGAAGGGAAUGAAUAUAAGAUGAUGCAGAACAGAAGAAAUAUGUAUACAGUUCAAAACAACACAGGUCCCUACUUCAAUCCCCGCUCACGUCAGAGGAUUCCUCGGGAUCUGGCCAUGUGUGUCACUCCCAGUGGCCAGUUCUACUGCUCCAUGUGCAACGCCGGGGCCAGCGAGGAGAUGGAGUUCAGACAGCACUUAGAAAGCAAACAGCAUAAAAGCAAGGUGUCCGAACAGCGGUAUAGGAAUGAGAUGGAGAACCUAGGCUAUGUACAAUGAUGCGCCACCCUUGGUAGUAGUUUGCAAAUAGAGCAGCUUGUCUCUCGCCUGCUGUUUGCCACAUGCCCUGCUUUGUGCUCCAUUUGAUAGGAGUAUGCUCUCGAGCUAUACAUGUAACACCUGCAAACUUAAUGGUAUGGUUAGAUUUAUUUUCUAUCAUAGUUGGCAGGAUGACGCUGUGCAGGACAUGAAGUGUUUUUGAUGUUUGUUUGCUAAUUAUCUAAGGCUCUUCAUUGUAUUGAAUGGCGGGGAGGACUUUGUCUUCUCCCUAGCCUUCUGCAUGAACAUGCAAAGCCCAAGAAGUGCUGGGAACUUCUGUGGUUCUACCACACAGGUGGACCAUGUGCAAAGCCCACCCCCUUCUUUGCACACCACAGAGCAGUGCUCCAGAAUGCCUCCCUACAGCAGACUGAAUCUCUGGGCAGCUUCUAAAAGAGGGGCAGGAAUGGGGCCUGUGAAUGUGUGAAUUAGGUGGUGUACUUGUCCACAAAUUGCUGCUUGUGGCCCCCAUUACAGCCCAGAGUAGGUUCUUUCCACAUCCUUGUAGAAAGGCUGUGCAUACCUCUUCUCCUUGGAGGGUCUUGCCUCUUACAGCUUCCUCUGCGAUGCAGAUUUCAUUCUGAACAUCUGACAUUGGAUAUCAGCUGAUUCACCCCAUUUGGAAAUACUCUCUUCUACCAGUUAACAGUGCAAAAAGAUUCUCGGUGUUGUUGGCUGGCCACGUUAAUGCACCAUUGGUGUAGCUCAUCUCUCUGAAGAGAGUCUGUGGGGAUCUCAGUGACUUAAUGAAGUGAAUAGGAAAGCAAACCUGCUCAGAUGAGGUGUGCUCUGCUCUGAUUCUGCCUUAGACUGAGCAGGGUUGAGAAUAGGUCGGAAGGAGCUGUCAGCUGUAAUUUCUUUGCAUGCUGAUGUAGAAGAGAGCAAGUGUCGGUCUCUGACCUGCAGCUCGAUUGCUCUGGGAGAGCUGGGCUGCCUGGACCUUGGGGAGCAGAUACUGGUGUGUCCUGCUUCCAUGCCAUUCCCUGGGCAAGGCCCAAUGGGUAUUACAGAGGAGAGCUGAAAUGCUCCUUUGGACUGGAGCUACCAAUAUUGGAUGAAUUUUUUCCCCUCUUUCUUUUCCCAUCUCAGGAUGGGUUUUAAUUCCAUUCCUUGAUGUGAACUUCACUGUUUUAGGGACCAUCAAAAAUCCAAAGUUAGGUAGGAUGUGAAUGUCAGGGGUGAUGAUUGUUUGAGCCACAGCUCAAAAGCCACAGCUUUUUGGCCAUGCAGAAGUAUUCAUGAAACUUGUUAAGCAACUUUGUAAGUGUAGACAAACCCAAAGGGUGUGUGUCUGUUUUGAUUUUCCUUAGCAAAAGUAGAAAGGGGAUAAAGAGCAGAAGUAGGGCUGACAUUUAUUUUUCUGCUCAUUUGGGUAGACGUGAGGAGCUGUGAUUGGAAUCCAGUUCAUUGUGUUUCUAAAACAUUGGCUCCAGUGGCAAGUGCAGCAUGUAAGUAACCUCCAUUGGACCUGAUUCACCACUGUGCUGCUACAGCUGUACUCUGGUAUAGCUUCAUUGAUUUCAGUGGCAGGUGCAGAGAGGAGGUAAUGGAAGCAUCAUGGCUUGUCUCCCAUUCCUCUUUAGGUAGUACAUUGAAUUAAAUGCAGCUCUGUUGGUUUCAGUAGCAUUUUACCAGGGAUAAAUUUUACCUAGUGCAUAAUGUUGAAGGUAGCUCCCCCACCCCCUUUUUUUGCCAUUCUGAUCCUGCCUCUUGCAUUCCAGAAGGACUUUCUGCUUGCCUUAAAAAAUGAAAAAUGAGUAAACUAACAAAAAAUCCAGAUAGUUUUUGUUCAUCUUUGUCAUCCACCUCAGAAGGGUUUGUUGCACUUGGCUGCUCCUCAGAAAUCGAGUGUUAUCUUUAGCUACCUGAGCAUCAGGUCACCAUACCUUAACGCAGCCUUCCUAAAUCCAGGCAAGAUGAGCUCUAGCAUGGUAGUUGAAAGCAAGCCCCUACAUCAUUCUAUGCUGAUCCUUGCCCUGCAGGUACAGGCAGAGCAACGGGACAUCCUCUUGAAUGGGGUUCCUUCCCCUCCUUUGUGCAAAGUCCAAUUAAAUAGGGUUUGUGCACUGGAGCACGUUAGAAGGUAGGAGGACAGGUGCCCAGGUUGCAAAGCACGAGCUGAGCAGUUUUGACAGCCUGUACGUCUGUUUCUUCUGUGCUUUCCUGCCCCUGGCUCAACCUCUGCAGCCUUGAAGAACAUUCCCCUCACAAAAAUCUCGUCAGCGUUUUCCCCUCAUCUUUUGCAGUCAAAGAAGGGCUCUGGUUUUCUCUUUGUGUUCUGUAUUUUGUUUUGCUAGUCUGACACCGCUGUGCAGGGACAGGGGGAGUUGAAUGAGCCUUACCACAAGGUGCUUCACCAGAGUGAUCCCUGCAUUAUGGUUAAACAUCCCUCUUGCUGUAAAUUAAAACGUGGCGUUUCCCACAGGCUGCAAUUAGUAGCAGAGAAACAACACUUUGCGAAAUAUGAGCUGGAAGAGCUGUAGGUACUGGUGUUGUCUAGCUUAUUGCUAGUGCCAAGAAAGCAUUUUUGUCAGCUUUCAUGUGUCCCAAAAAUCAACUGUUCACCACCUUGCUUUGGUUGCUGCUCCCGCUCCCAGCCCAACGAUCUGCCCCUCAUUUGGCAUUUCCAGUGACUGCCAGAGGUGUCAAAACUCGGUUUGCUUCAUGCAGUGUUACCUCCUGGUAACAUCUGGUGCAAAUGUGCCACAGUGCACCGGUGUGCCUGUGCAUUUGGGAGGGUGUGCGAGGGAGGUGCGGGGGGCUGCUCCUGCAGGCUUCUCUCUGCAUGGGGCUGAGUCAGGUUUUGAGGAAUGGCUUGAGUCUGCCCUGAACAGAGAGGCCUGUAUCUGCUUUAUUUUGUUCAAGGGAGUACAAGAAGUGAAUGUCAUCAUCCUGGGAAUUUCAAAGUGGUGCGUUAUAUAGCAGGUAUAAAGCAGACAGUGGGACUCAAGCGACAAGAGUAGGACAGGUUUCCUACAUGGGAGGAAAGGUAUUUCUUGCUGGGAGAGGCAGCUGAGACUCACCUUGCCCCAGUGCUCUGUUGUGGCCCUUCCCUACAAGUGACCAAAGCUUUCCUCUCCCUCUUCAGCAUUGCUUAAUGGUUUGCGAUCUUCCCACUCUCCCUCCAGCAUAGAAAAUUGUUGACUGCAAAGAGAAAACACCGCACCUCACUAAUAUCAUUAGGGUUCAGGCCAAUCCAAACUCACUUGUCAGCAUGAGAAACUGGGUGGAUCCUGAUUUUUUUUUUUAAUUUUUUUUUGUGAAAGCUGUUCUCCAAAUCAGUGUUCAAAACACGUAUUGAAAACAGGUCCUGGCCAAACCCUGUUUGACAUAGAUGGGCUGGGGAGAAUACCAUACAGCUGUAGUGCCAUUUUCCAGACCCAAUGAAUCUUUCUCAUGUUAAACAAAGCACCAAACCCAAGAUACAGGACUUCUGUGAAGCUGUCGCAUUGGCCAGUAGGUUAAUGACCUUUGCUGCUAGAAACAAAACAUAAAUCAAUGUGUUCAUAUUUAUUUUACUGUGCUGACCACUAAUUGAUUUGUUAAUAUUUAAGGCAUUAUUCUGUAGGUUGUUUUUGUUUAAAUAGAACACUCUACAUCGCACUUUGCUUUUGGAUCAGAACAGGUAUUUAUUAUAUUUGUGAAAAUGUUUUCCCUCCCACAUAUGUAUUGUUUUCUUUCACUUGAUGCAAAAAAACCCAACAAAAAACCCCAAACAACAAAACCUACUCCAAAACCAAAAAAAACCCAAAUCCAAGCAGCGGAUCUUCUUUGUUUCUUUUCAUGCCAAACAAAAUGGGGAUUUCCUUGCAACUUGCUCUUAAAUGUCCAUUUCUAAUUUUUUUUUUUCCCCCCCUCCAAUGGUUCCUUUGGUAACUCGGGAUGAUAUUUUUAGAGACACACGAAGUUCAUACUACAUUUAAGCAUUUCUUUUAAGGCAAGGAAGUAAACUGUGGAAUCCAUGUAUUUGUGAGGGGUAUGAAAGUGAUACUAUUUUGUUUGUAUUAAGCAUUAGCUGUUAUUUUGCAUUCUGCACUAAUGAGUAAAUGUGUUAUUAUCUUGCCUAACAUUGGUCUAUUUUUGACUUUUUGCUUUCUUCAUGUACAUCAAAAGGAACCCUGAAAACUUCUGUGGAGUUGCUUAGGAUGGUCAUCAAUGUAACAAAAUGCAGAUUUUUUUCUGUAAAGCUUCUUGUCUUUUUUCCUUUUCUAGAUGCCCAUUAUAGGGCAUUAGAAGGGAAAGCUAUUGCCGUAAGCACGGAUUCAUAUUUUAGCUUACUAAUGCAUGAUGUCCUUUUGCUACAUUACUUAAUGCUCUCACUGUAACCAAUGGGAAUCUUGCCGAAAUCAGGAGUGAAUGAAAUACCCUAGCUAAAUAUAUUAUGUUGGCUAGGGCCAGGCAAGGUACAUUGCUAAAAUUUGUCUUUUAUGUUUGGGUUACAACACUCUUAAGGUUUUGCUUUUUGAGGAAUGUGUAUCUGGUUCUGUAAGGAUUUGGUCCUGCUCCAGCUAAAAUAGUUGGAAGUACAUUGACUUCAGUUGAGUAGGGGCAAGCCUUGAAACCCUUCAGGAAUUUCAUACUGCUGAUGUUUUCUCAUAUAUGUGGUUUUUGUUUUGUGGGUUUUUUAAAAAUUUUACAACCAUAUAUUCAAGGAUGCUCUAGAUGAGAUGGACAUCUGUUGCCGAUUAUGGAAAAACAAAUGCCAUGGUUGCCAAAGGAUUAACAGAAAAUGGAGAAGUAUGGAUGUGGUUUCUUUGAAGUUUGUGGCUAAGCUCCUAUUGCUUUGAGCUGGGCUGGCUUCUUUGCCAUCUGCAUAAAGUUGGAAGUGAAGAUAAAAUCCACUUUCAAAUAAAUGUGGUCAAACAGCAGUUCUGGGAAUCUCUCCUUUAAAAAAUGUAUCACAACUAAAAUUGUAUCUUUUUAUUUGAAGUAUCUGCAGGUAAAGGCAGGACUGUGGAUUUUUAAAAAUAAAAUCAGUUUUUCAGUCUGUGUUUUGCAGGGGAAAAUUUACUUGAUUUAAUUUCCUUCUGCAUCUGUCCAGCAACAUCAUUUGCAAGUGCUUUGAAUAUGUUUCAUCUAGAGCCUUCUUGUUGGGUUGGUUUUGUACAUUUGUCCUUAUUUUCUUUAUAUUGUACUGACCCCCAGGAGGGAAUAGUUGAUGAAAAUGAUUUUUUUUUUUUCUUUUUUUCUUCUUCAGUAUAUAAUAAAUCAUCUCGCUCUUCUCAUUGUA